GCGUUAUUCGCCCAGGAGGGUUGGAUAUCUACAGCUACGAUGUUAUUCUGAUAAGCCAGAUAUUAGAGGCUCACUCCAGAAUGUACAACGUAGUCAACAAUACUAUCUUGAUGCCCCAAUCAAAUCGAAAUCGGUGCAUGAUGGAAGCGAGAAGAAAUAUAUGUCUGUCGGAUUUGGCAGUAAUCAGUUUGUAGAGGUAUCAGAUGAUAAAAGGAAGAUGCUUGAAGCCGUGUUCCAUUCAUUUCGUGCCCCAAUUAGAUAUGGAUUUGCCUAUGGAUCUGGUGUAUUCAAGCAAACUGGCUACUCUGAUAAGGAUAAGCCGCUAGUUGACUUCAUCAUUGCUGUGACGCAUCCCCAUCACUGGCAUUCAAUCAAUAUUCAGCAGAACCCAUCACAUUAUCCUCUAGGAGCGAAGUUAUUCGGUAAUAAAGCUAUAACAUUCCUCCAACGGAAGUUUGGUGCUCAAGUGUGGUAUGUGACAAUGGUCGAAGUAGAUGGAAUCCCUUUAAAGUAUGGUGUGAUUUCUGUUGACGAUCUUUGUCGCGAUUUGCUUGAUUGGGAAACACUCUAUGUUUCAGGACGGAUGCACAAACCAGUGCGUGUUAUCAAGGAUGAUGCUCGCGUCAAACUCGCCCAACAAGUGAACCUCACCUCUGCCUUGCGUACAGCACUGUUGCUCCUGCCCGCAGAAUUCAGCCAGCAAGAACUCUAUGAAAAAAUAAGCUCAUUGUCAUACUCUGGAGACCCACGUAUGACAGUUGGAGAGAAUCCAGAGAAGAUCUCCAACAUAGUUUCUGCACAGAUGGAGCAGUUCCACACCCUCUACGAACCAUUAGCCAUGCAACUCCGAGGUGUGCGCUUUGUACCAGGAUGGAGAAGGCUGCCUCAAGGUAAGCGAACAAUAAGACAACCUAUGAACGGACAAGCAAGGGCAACCCUGGCAACAAAACUUCCACUGGUAUUGCGUAAUAAAAUUAAAGCACAUUUUGACAAUAUCUAUGGAGAUGUCAAGAAUGAUGACAGCGCUUAUUGGUCUCGAGUCGUGCAAGACCCUCAAUUUCACAAGACCCUGGAAAAUGCGAUUGCUGAGAUAGUCAGACGACCUGCGUUUAGCCAGUCACUCAAGGGAAUUCUCACAGCAGGACCGACAAAGGCGAUGGUAUACAUCUAUCAGAAGCUUACAAAAUGGUAUAGAGGUAAAUUUAAACGCGAUUGAGUAUAUGUAACUGUAAUUUUAUAUAUUUUUGGUUCCGAC